AUGAAAGUCCCCACUUCUAAAGCUCAAGAGAAUAUGCAUCACGAGGCAAAAAGUUCGUAUUUUGAUUUUCCAGCGUGGAUGUAUCCGUGGCAUUUCCUCAGGCAACUCCAGCUUCAAUCUUUCCCCUUAGUGGGAAAACCCUUGCAAGAUGAUAGGGUUGCCAUAUUUCUUGAUGCACUGAUCCAUUCAUCGAUAAUCGAUGGCAUUCGACUUGCUGAGGGACAAGGAAAUGUUGUGGCAUUUGUUUACAAGUCUACUUGUCAGAUGAAGAAAAGAGUUGUUGUAACUGAUAGCCUGUUUAGCAUGGAUGAGGAUUUUUCACCGAUGACCGAGCUUGGAAAACUCCGUAAGAAGCAUGGGUUCUUGUUCGUAAUUGACGAUGCUCACGCAACCUUUGUCUGUGGGAAGAAUGGUGGUGGGGCAGCUGAAAUGUUCAACUGCAAAAAUGGCAUUGACAUUUGCACAGGCACUCUGAGUAAAGCUGCAGGAUGUAAUGGUGGAUUUAUUGCAUAUAGGGAGAAAUGGAAGUUUCUCACCAAUUACGCGAACGUUGCCAUUGUUGUGGCAAAGGAAGAGGCAUGGCGUAGAGAGUCUAUCCUUAAUCGGGUUCAUGAGUUCCGUGCUUUGACAGAGAUCCUUGUGGAAAGUGACAUCAUCUCAAUUGUCAUUGGGCAUGAGAACAAGGGUCUCCAAGCUAGCCGGUUCCUUCUGAGAUUAGGUUUUCACGUGACUGCAACAAGACCUUCUUCUGUACCCCAAACUCGUGCAGGUUAG